GACCUACUGACCACCCUGGAGUCUGAGCGAGAGCGGCGCUGGAAGGCAGAGCAGGCCACUCGCAGACUGGCCAACAUAGUGAAGGAGAUGCAAGCCAAAGGACAAGAGAGUGAAUCGAUGAAGACGUCAGCCCUAGAGGCCACGUGCACGCUGAAGCAGGCGCUGCUCACAGAACACGAGGCCAACCUGGCUCUCAAGGAGCAGCUCCGGAAGAUGCAGGAGGAGCUAGGAGAUGUACAGGAGAGCCUGCAGGAGUCUCGCCGAGCCGAGGGCAGGAGCCGGGAGGCUUUGAAGGCUGCGGAGGCCACCAUGUCUGGGAGAGAGGCCGAGGAGAUGGCGGACAGAGUCCAUCAGACGAAGCGACUCCAAGAGGCCCAGCAGCGAGCGUCCGCCAUGAGCCGGGAGGCGGAAGUGCUGAGACACGCUGCGGAGAGUAGCAAGCUCAAGUUACAACAACUGCAGGAGACUUUGGCCACACGGGAACAGCAGCACAGGCAGGAGAUGCAGAACAGUUACAAGCUGGACAGCCCAGAGCUGCAGAAGGUCAUCAGUGAACGAGUCCGCGCCGUGGAGCGCUCACACCAGGCAGAACUGGUCAAGCAGCAGGAGAGCUCAAGGCCCAUCUGGAGCAGACUAGCACGGAGCUGUCGGAGCACAAACAGCUGAUGGUCACGGCACACCGCAAGGACGAGAGCUCCACCCAGAUGGUCGCUGAGCUCACUGCUGCCAAGAGCAAGCUACAAGCCACAGUCCAGGCUCAGGAGUCUGUGAUAGAGGGCCUGAAGGCGGAGAGGAAGCUCUGGGGCCAGGAGCUGGCACAGCAAGUAUGUUAAGCGCCCGUUGGAAGGAAAAGUCGGAGCUGAUUGGUCGCCUGGAGCAGCAAGUGACGCAGAUGAAGAACACAUGGACUCAGAAAGAGGCUCGAGUGGCCGCUGAGAGAGACGCUGCCUUAGACCAAGCCAAACAAGCCCUGGAGAAGCUCAAGUCUGUGGACAGUGCCUUCCGGCAGCAGCUGGACGUGAAAGAGGCGGCCUUCCAGGAGGCGCUGAGCCGGGCCCAGCUGGAGAAGCAACAGGAAGUGGAGCUGGCCAACAGGAAGGUGACAAUGGUGGAGGAGGAGAUGCGUGACCUUCUACGUGAAAACGAGGCCAGCAAGCGAGCCAUGGAGACCAAAGUGAAAAAACUGACACAAGCCCUGGGAGACCUACAGACGGACCUAUUGUGAUGGGACUCCAGUGCCAUAAUUCUAAUAUGAAUGAUAAUAAAUACUUGAGCACUUAAUAACUUAAUGUGACAUUGUACAAAUGUAUCUCUUUGGGAUGACAGAGGGGAGGGAAUGUGAAUGAAGUUAAUGUUGGAAUUAGCGACAGUGAAGUCAAGUAACCUAAGCUUCCAGUUUGAAGGCGCACGAGACUUUAAAGUUGCUCUUCAGUUCUAGAUAAGGAGAAACCUGCGAAAGUGUAUUAUCUUUCUGUGUCUUACACAGACCCACUGGUUGCAUUAUCCGUGGGCAACCAUAGGCAGUCUCAGUACAGAUAGAUUUGGGACUCUAACAAAAUUUGCUCAAAAGUAUUAAUAUAGAGAGGCUAAUGCAUCAGCCGCUGAUGCAGCGGUUUGACUCUAGACUCUAUAUUGCAGUCCUGUGUUAUGCAGCCUGAUCUUUUGGGAUGCAGUGAGGCCUUUGAGGUGUAAUUACAGCAUCUUAGAUCUACUGUGUAAUAUCUCUCUGUAAGUUCUUGCAUUUGGAACCUUACAACCCUUUGCAGUGCAGUCGACAUGAAAUUAGGUUGUUGAUGGAACAUAGUCAAAAUUCUUAGAUUACUACAUGCUAUUUAUUGUUCUUUUUCAGAGUUUUCCAUUUUUCAAAAUGUUUGUUUAACCCUAUCUGUACGCC